AAAUCAGUUACUGGCAGCAGGCAUUUUGUUGUCAUUUUAUUGUCGUACAAAUUAAUUUUGGUAAUUCGGAUUGUUUACGAUGUCGCGUACCAUUUGCGAUCCUUUCACAAACCUUCCAGUAAAAUUCGACAUAAGGCAGCUGAUAAAAGAGUUCCAACCUGAAGUGGAGGGACAGGUGGACGAGGACAAGACACCACGCGAUUUACAUCGACCUGAUGAAAACUGGGUGGUCCUUCCUAGCUUUAAGUAUCAGUUGGAGCAUCUAGUGCCGUAUCUCUCUAUUCGCAAAAACCCGUAUAUGCGCUGUCGGUACCGUAAAUUUCUGGACAAUGUCCCAAGCAGCUACGUAACAAUUUCUGCAUAUGGUUCAAAUAUAAGCAACAUGCCAAAACCAAGACGAAAGAGUUUAAAUGGACAGUUUUACGGAGUGGACAACAAGUUGGCCCCCAUUCCCGCAGUCGCAGACCCCCGGUCACCACCUCAUCGCAAUUAAAUUUGCCUGAAAUAUAUACACAUACAUUUAUUUUUGAAC